AUGAUUUCUGCGACUGUAACGCUUGAAAGUCUGAAAUACAGUGAAUUUGAUAAUAUCAUUGUGCCCAGAGCAAUUGAAGGCAAAACUCCAACUGAACUGGCGUCAGAUCUAACAAUCCUGGAGUACACGGAUUUGAACGAUCCACAUAACACCACAAAGCGUUUGCAAAAUGCUAUUGAUAUUUGGUCCGAAUAUACAGUAAAUGCUCCUAUGAUAUCCACUGCAAAUGCACAUUCAAGUGCCGUGUCAUCCACAUACGUCUAUCAGUUUUCGGCAGCACCUCCAAAACGUCUUAUAGCGAUUCCACCUGAACUUGAAGGACCAGAUGUUGCCCGUCAUUCGGACGAAAUGCCCUUCCUAUUCGGUUUUACAGAAAAUAUCCGGAAGUACUGGAACUUUUCUGAAAAUAGUAUUGAACCAAAGGAUUAUCAGUUGUCAUUGGAAAUAAUAACUAUGUGGACGAACUUCGCGAAAUCCGGGAACCCCAACAUACCUAAGAAACUUAAUACACUUAACGGUGAAACUUGGCCGGCGUAUGACGGAAAUGGUGAAAUGUAUCUUGAAAUAGCGUCCAAGCAGUCGAAGAUCAAACAACGUCUUAGAGCUGAACAAGUUGUGUUCUGGAACUAUCUGCUGCCGGAAAUGCAAACCUUUGCGAAACAGAAGCCGUGA